AUGUGAUCCUCCUUAAAUUCUUUGUGAUGCAGGAAUUCUUCAAAUAGUCAAGAAUCCCUGAAAAGUAACCCAUUGGGUGAAACUGCGUUGAGGCAAAUGAAAAAAUCUUUCUAUACGAAGGUUCCUCAUUCAUAUAUGGAAUAUAUAGGAAAUCUUGCAGUUGAGACUCUUGGGCUAGAAUAUGGGGAAGAGAAGGAAUUAUACUAUGUUAAGCUUUCCGAUAACUUGUGCUCUGAUUUAACUAUCGCCUGCAAAUGUACGAUAGCCAAGGAUCAGAAAAGAAUUCAGCUCAAUAAGAUUGAGGCGAACCAAGUACGCCACAUGGUUGCAGAUAUGAGCUGUCUUGGAAAGAGUUCAGACCUGAGGUUGAUGCUACAUACCAAGAAAAUCUUGACCGCUUUAUCUGAUGAGGAGAUCAAUGGAAUUAAAAAUCUUAUUGGUUCUGCCAUUUUGGACUCAGAAGUUAAGGGUGGGUUGAGAUGGCCCAUUGGCAAGGAUUCUUCAGGGGGUCGAUAUGCUGUAAUUGGUGUCUGGCACACAACUGCAAAAUCAUAUGGAAAUCCGUCAAUACGGUUUAAGCUUCGACAUGCAGAUCGAUUUGAUUUCAGAUCUUCAACUGGUGAGGUUUCAUGGGAGACCAGCCUGAAAAUGCCUGGGAUUGUAUCUCAAUUGCGAAAGCAAACAAUCGAUGAAAAGCUGGUGUUGAAAAUGCUUGAAGACAACUUGAAGUUAAUCUGGGAUCACUGUUUGUCAGAUGGCUCUUCAAGCUGACCAUGUUUCGUGGUCCUUCACUUACUUUUUUGCAAAUAUCUGCAGAAACUGCUAUAUGUACAGUUGGUGAAGAAAGUUGACCUUUUGAAUUGCAAUGCUGGAAUAUACAAGAUGUAUAUUUUUGAAUUAGUUACUAAAGUUUACCCAAAACGCUGAAAUUGCUUUUUGCACUAUGUAGUUUGUGUAUGGAACGAUUGAUGCAAGGCCUCUGAUGCUAGUGGCAUCACUAACAGCUUGUUUGCAUGGUUGUUACCAAUUGUAUCGUAUCGUAUUGUUACUUUAAAUACAAUGUUUGUUUUGAUUGUUACUUA